AUGCGCAACACGACUGGCCCCACUAUGUUUCUGACCGGUCCUCCAGAAUGGCAACAUGCCAUUCGACGCAGGCGGCGCUAUCCAGUACCUUCCUCGAAAGCGCGGACCAAGGGUCGCUUUCUCGUGGUCGCCUUCAUCUUGAUCUCGGUGCUCGUGGUGUUCUUCGCAUCUAGCGUCUUCCUCAUCAGCCUCGGCGACUUAGCCAACAGCAACCUGGACGACAGCGUGAACGUCGUUGUCUGCCGAAGCCCCGACUGUCGUGCGGAAGAGGAGGCCCUCUCUCAGGACGUGGACGAGGCUAAGCCGGCUUGCGACGACUUCUACGCGCACGUGUGCAGCCGCUGGACUCGCCGAAACCUGCCCACGCGCCACCAGGCGGAAAACGCCCGGGCGGACACCGUACGCGCCCGAUACGUGUCGCACCUGUACGAAACCUACAGAGCAAUGGCCAUCGACAGUGCCCUGCAGACUGCCGAAGAGAAAGCAGCCGCCAUGCUCACUGGCUGCAUGGACAGAGACUCGAUCGAGGAGCUGGGAGCGGCGCCACUCAAAGCGCUGCUGUCCAAGUUGGGCCUCUCCUUUCCGCCCAGUGCUGACGAAGCCCGCCGCCUGGAUCUGUCUCGCCUGGCGGCUAUGUCGUUACGGACGCUCGGUGUGCAGUCCUUCCUCUCAGCACAGAUGAGACCCGACGUGCAGCUCAAGGAGCAGGCCGUGUGCGCCCUUGGCGCCCCCGACAUUUUUCUCGAGACGCCACUGCUGGAGGACAACGUGAUCCGGCUGUCUUGGUAUCAAGGUCUGAUGGCCAAGGCCUUCUUUUACCUCGUCGAAGACGAGAACUACGCCUCACGUCUAGCUGAAGACACUUUCAAUCUGGAGAACGACAUAGCUCUAGCUAAGAUAGCCGACAUACCAACAGAGGCUGAUCCACUGUUCGAACGAGUCCUCAUCAGUAACCUCGUGCAGCUUCCGCAGUGGAGCUGGACGGAAUUUCUCUCCACCCUGUUCGGCGCCAAGCAGUCUUCGCUCGGAGAGGACGUGUACGUUCUUGUCAGAUCCGUGGACUUCUUUCGCCACCUCGUGCCCGUAUUUGGAAACAGCUCGAGGGCAAGUCUGGCCACCCUGGUAGCUUGGCGGGUCCUCGUCGCCGUGUCCCCGCUGCUACCCAGACCCCUAGACGAGCUGUCCCGGCUACAUGCCCAGGGUGACCCCCUGCAUGCCUGCUACGCGUUGCUGGAACCAGCCCUCGGAGCGACCUUCGCCAACACACUUAUGCGCAGCCAGCCUACGGUAGACGUUCACAAGGUGAAGACACUAUUGCACCAAAUCCAGGCCAGCAUCGUCGAAAUUCUUCAAAAUUCACCCGCCAUCAGCAAGGAAAUGAACACUAUCGUUGCAGAGAAGGUGCGUGACCAUAUGAGACAAAUGCGCGACAUGAAGUGGCAUAUUUUUCCGCGACACAUGGAGGGUGUCAAAGACAUGGAUAGCAUUUUCGAAAAGGCUCGCGACAUCAGUUCGUCGCGCGUGCUGGACGGCUUCUUCACGCUGUCAUCCUUAGCUAUGGAGAGCCGCUGGUUGCCGUCAUCGCCUUUUUUACAAAACUGGGCCUUUCUGGACGUGUCUCCCUUUUACGACGUCUUUCACAAUACCUUAGUAAUUCCCUUCACAUCUGUACAGAAGCCAUUUCUGUAUGAUAAGCUAUUUCCGUAA